GUUUUGCGGUACCGAUACAGUCAGUAGCUAGCACAAUUUAUACCAAACCAGUUUUAAUCAAGUCAGUAGUGCGAUUUGGUUCCACCUUAUCAAGAUAGGCAGCUCGGGAACUAAGAUGUCGAACCGAACAGUGUGCAGAGAAGCAAGUCACGCUGGCAGUUGGUACACCGCCUCAGGUUCCCAGCUGAAUGCCCAGCUAGAAGGCUGGCUAUCUCAGGCCCAGUCCACAAUCAGUCCUGCCAGAGCCAUCAUAGCCCCGCAUGCGGGAUAUACCUAUUGUGGAGCGUGUGCAGCUCAUGCCUACAAACAAAUAGACCCUUCAGUUACUCGCAGGGUGUUCAUCCUGGGUCCGUCUCAUCAUGUGCCCCUCUCGCGAUGUGCCCUGUCCCCUGCAGAGGUGUACAGGACACCCCUCUAUGACCUCAGGGUUGACCAGAAUGUCUACGCUGAUUUGUGGAAGACUGGGAUGUUUGAGCGGAUGAGUCUCCAAACUGACGAGGAUGAGCACAGCAUUGAAAUGCAUCUGCCUUAUACUGCUAAAGCCAUGGAGAGCCAUAAGGACCAGUUCAGUAUUGUCCCGGUUCUGGUGGGAGCCCUGAGUGAGUCCAAGGAACAGGAGUAUGGAAAACUGCUGAGCCGAUAUCUGGCUGAUCCCUCUAACCUGUUCAUCAUCUCGUCUGACUUCUGUCACUGGGGUCAGCGGUUCCGUUACACGUACUAUGAUGAAGCUCAAGGAGAGAUCCACAGGUCCAUUGAACAUCUAGAUAGAAUGGGUAUGGGCAUCAUAGAAACACUGGACCCCACAUCUUUCACCAACUACCUGAAGAAAUACCACAACACUAUCUGUGGACGACAUCCUAUCGGGGUGCUGCUAAACGCCGUCUCUGAGCUGAGGAAGAGUGGAACAGAGAUGAACUUCUCCUUCCUGAACUAUGCCCAGUCGUCCCAGUGCAGGAACUGGCAGGACAGCUCUGUUAGCUAUGCCGCUGGGGCCCUCAUCGUACAUUGACGAGGUUCACCUCGCACACAUCCUGAAUGCUUCCUCUUCCUUGUAUAGCGCACAACCUUUGACCUGGGUCCACAGUAGCCUCGUCCAAGCCAGCGCAUACUAGGGAGCCGCACAGCCAUGGCAUGAUGGUUCUGUAGUGAGUCCUCUUGGUGUUCAAGGACACGCCCUGAUUCGGGUGUUAGUCUAUUCCUGGGUACUCAGGGCUCUGGUCAAACUAGUGCGCUACAUUGGGAAUGGGGUGCUAUUUGGGGGACAACCCUUCCCUGGGGCCACUGCAGCUCCGCCCCAUGUGCCCCUAUCGCCAAAAUGACGACCUGAACACACCCCCUAACUCUGCCAGUCAUUGAGAAGAGAUACUGUAUCCAACAGCUUUAGAAACAAGUCUUCUACCUUUUAUAGUCUCUCCAACACUUUCCUCCCCUGCCUUUCUCACCUUCUCCGCCAUCCUUCCCCGUCUUCUACUCCUCCCCCUGGCUCUCCCCCUUCUCUCCUCCUCCCUCCCGUCUUCUACUCCUCCCCCUUUUCUCCUCCUUUCCCCAUCUUCUAUUUCUCCCCCUUCCCUGCUCACUUGAGUUCAGAAAAAAAUAAUAGUUUUGCUUGAAGUGCAGUUGCAGUUUUUGGACAUGUUGGUUUGGGAGGGAGGGGGUUUGGUUAUUUUGUCUUGGAUCAAGGGUGGAGGAGUAGGGGGGAAUGUUUGGGGAUCUUUCAGGGACUCUGUUCCUGUUUUCCUGAAUAAGAAAUGUAAGAAAUAAUGUAAUAGCAUUAAUUAAUCUUUACAUUUGCAGAUGUGCUUAUGUAAUCUGACUCGUAAAGGAAUAAUAAAGAGACGUUCAGAUCUAAAUGGAAAAUAAUAAAUAUUUAACCAAAAUGGUAACUGAUAGAAUGAAAUCAGUGUUUCAUCCGACUGUUCAACAUUCAGGGCAUCCCAGUAGUCUUGUUGAGUCUCAAAGCACCCUAUUCUCUUUCUAGUCCACCUCUUUCCAGCAGGGCACAUAGGGCUCUUGCACAAAGUAGUGCACUAUACGAUAUAGGGAACAGUUGGCCCCUCCCUGUCGCCAUAUUUCACCCUCGUUCCCGUUGUUGUAGUUGCUGACAAAGGGCUGCACCCAGGUCUGCUUUCCAAAUCGCACCCUAUUCCCUAGUGAACAACUAGGUCCUGGUUGGAAAGCAGUGCACUAUGAAGGGGGCCGAGUGUCAUUUGGAACGCAGACCACCAGGUCACUAACACUGCUUUACAAUACCAAAAACAAAAAUACCUUUUCACUUAUCUACUCGUGUUAGUCCAUUAAAAUAUAUUUUCUCUGAUUCA